AUGAUGAGAAUGAAAAGAAUAGAUACAGGGCCAUAUGUUAUAUGCGCCAUCAUCUCAUCGAAGGUCUUAAGGAUUCAGUACAUGACAAUUGAGAGUCCACUCGAUCUUUGGAAUGCUUUAAAGCACAGAUACGAUCACCAAAAGAUGGUGUUGCUUCCAAAGGCAAGACACGACUGGAUGCAUCUCAGGUUCAUGGACUUUAAGUCUGUGGACGAGUAUAAUUCAGCCUUGUUCAAAAUCGUCUCCAUACUAAGGCUAUGUGGUGAAGAAGUGUCCGAUGUGAUGAUGCUUGAAAAGACCUAUACGACUUUCAACCAGUCGAAUUCUGUGUUGCAACAGCAUGGAGCAAGGCCGGUCGGGACAGCACCAUUACCCGAAGCCCAUGAUGUGGAAAGGAAAGAUCCCAAAGAAACCAACUACGCCCAAGACAACAGGAAACCAUACGGUCAAGGCCGUGGUGGGUACAGGGGUCGUAGGCGUGACAAUCAUAACGGUAGAGGUAGCUACUCAACCGGCCGAAGUGGAAACCACAAUAACCGUGGUCGUGGUUCCAAUUACGGUCGGGGUCGAGGGAGUUAUGGCCGUGGACGAGGUGGCAUAUCCAAACCAUCUUACACGUCCAAGUCCUUAUGUCACAGAUGCGGGAUGGACAACCAUUGGGCCAAGAACUGUAGAACUCCAAAGCACUUGUGCGAACUCUAUCAAGAGAGUAUCAAGAACAAGAACCCGGAGGCAAAUAUGAUCCAAGAGAACGGUCAAGAUGACAAGGGAUAUGAUGCUGACAAUGAAUCCGACAGGGAUAGCAAAGAUGACCAGAUGGAUUUUGAGACGUCCGACUGUCUAAAGGACUAG